AUGAUCUAUAUCUCCAUCUUUCCCUUUUGUUUUUCCUUCGGUCCGACUUCUGUUGAUAUCCGUCUAUCUAUCUGUGCUAGUCUGUUGAUAUCCGUCUAUCUAUCUAUCUGUGCUAGUCUGUUGAUGUCCGUCUAUCUAUCUAUCUGUGCUAGUCUGUUGAUGUCCGUCUAUCUAUCUAUCUGUGCUAGUCUGUUGAUGUCCGUCUAUCUAUCUAUCUGUGCUAGUCUGUUGAUGUCCGUCUAUCUAUCUAUCUGUGCUAGUCUGUUGAUGUCCGUCUAUCUAUCUAUCUGUGCUAGUCUGUUGAUGUCCGUCUAUCUAUCUAUCUGUGCUAGUCUGUUGAUGUCCGUCUAUCUAUCUAUCUGUGCUAGUCUGUUGAUGUCCGUCUAUCUAUCUAUCUGUGCUAGUCUGUUGAUGUCCGUCUAUCUAUCUAUCUGUGCUAGUCUGUUGAUGUCCGUCUAUCUAUCUAUCUGUGCUAGUCUGUUGAUGUCCGUCUAUCUAUCUAUCUGUGCUAGUCUGUUGAUGUCCGUCUAUCUAUCUAUCUGUGCUAGUCUGUUGAUGUCCGUCUAUCUAUCUAUCUGUGCUAAUGUCCGUCUAUCUAUCUAUCUGUGCUAG